UCUUGGAGGCUGUGGAGGUGAGGGAAGCUCCUGCUGCUGAAGUUUGGGGGCAAAUAACUGGGAUGGGCUCAAUCGUAUGCGUCCGCGAGGCCCUGGUGCGGCUCGGAGGCCCUGCCAGUCAAUGAUUUCUGUGGAUUCCAGCAAGAGAGAGGACAGGAUGGAGGAGAUGUGGGACUGAUGGUGCUGGUCCCCUGACGCCCGGAGAACGGGUGCUCCCGUGGUCGGAGUUGCUUCCUGGACCCUAGCGGAGUGGAAUAGGCCUGCCGGAGACAGGACUUCUAAAACGACCAGUAUGUCUGGAAGGCUGUGGUCCAAGGCCAUUUUUGCUGGCUAUAAGCGGGGUCUCCGGAACCAGAGGGAGCACACGGCCCUUCUUAAAAUUGAAGGUGUUUAUGCUCGAGAUGAAACUGAGUUCUAUCUAGGCAAGCGAUGUGCUUAUGUGUACAAAGCAAAGAACAACACAGUGACUCCUGGUGGCAAACCUAACAAAACCAGAGUAAUCUGGGGAAAGGUAACUCGUGCUCAUGGAAACAGUGGCAUGGUUCGUGCCAAAUUCCGAAGUAACCUUCCUGCGAAGGCCAUUGGACACAGAAUCCGUGUGAUGCUGUACCCUUCAAGGAUUUAAACUUAUUGAAAAGUAAAUAAAUAAAAGUAUGGAUUUGUUUUCUUGUA